AAAAGAAAAUCCGUUCAAUUCAACAUUUUUCAAACGGCAUUUUCAAAAUUGCAAAAACUCGCCAUCCUGCGAGGUCCUUUUUAUUUUCUCCGUUUUAUUUUAAUUUUACUCUAAGUUAAACAAAAGUAAUAUAAUCAACAUAUAAAUUAAAAUCAUAAUUGCUUAGCACUAAUGUUCAGCAUGCUAAAGCGGCCAACAGGUAAAGAAAACAUCCAACAAAAAGCUGAUGCAUCCAGGAAUGUUGGCGGCAGCAGCAGCAUGCAACACGCCAAGUCUAUAGCAACUGCCGCUGUGAAAAAGCCAAUCGGUAGUAUUGUUCAAAAGACUUUCGACAAACAAAUUUCCAACAAAACACAAUCGAACGCUUUAGAAAAGAAUAAAAAAAUUAUUCCCAAUGCAACACGAAUUGUCUCUUCAACAAAACCAACGAAUAAUCCUGCUCCCCCUGUGACCACCAAUAACACAAAGACUGAAACGAAACAAACAAGUAUUGAAACAAAACCUCAGCCUAGCACUGCAUCGGCAACAGCAACAACAACAGCAUCGGCAACAACGAAGCCUGUGGAGAAAGUUGCAGCUGCAUCUCAACCACCCAAUGCUCCAACCACUGGCGAUUGCCAAGGACAAAAGACUGAUGGAAAGAAAGUGUGGGCAUUGUCCAACUUCGACAUUGGCCGAUCAUUAGGAUGCGGGAAAUUCGGUAAUGUCUACUUGGCUCGUGAAAAAGAGUCUAAAUUCGUUGUGGCUCUAAAAGUGCUGUUCAAAAAGCAAAUCUACAACAGCAACGUUGAACACCAGGUUCGUCGUGAAAUAGAAAUCCAAUCACAUCUGCGACAUCCACAUAUUCUACGACUUUACGGGUAUUUCCAUGAUGAGGCGCGUAUCUAUUUGAUCCUGGAAUACGCUCCCAAAGGAACUCUGUUUAAAGAAUUGCAAAGUCAACCCGAAAAACGAUUCGACGAGAAACAAAGUGCCACUUACAUCAAAUCCUUGGCCUCAGCCCUUCGCUAUCUACAUGAACGCGAUGUCAUUCAUCGUGACAUCAAGCCGGAGAACCUUUUGCUGGGCUACAAGGGCGAGCUGAAAAUCGCCGACUUUGGUUGGUCAGUUCAUGAACCGAACUCGAUGCGGACCACAUUGUGUGGCACUUUGGACUACCUUCCACCAGAGAUGGUGCAAGGUAAGCCACACACGAAAAAUGUUGAUCUCUGGAGUUUAGGCGUGUUGUGCUUCGAGCUUUUGGUGGGACGCGCACCAUUCCAUGCCACAGAAUACGACGAUACUUAUAAAAAAAUUAUUAAAAUCGACUACAAACUUCCCGAUCAUGUAUCGAAGGCAGCAGCUCACUUCAUAUCAAAGCUGCUGGUUCUUAACCCUGAAGCUCGUUUGCCUUUGGAACAGGUUAUGACCCAUCCUUGGAUCACAGCGAAUACAGUUUGAAAGAUUUUUAGCAUUUAUUUCUUAUUAGUUUUUGAUUUUUAUGAUUUUAUUUUUGUUUUAAGUUUAGUAAUUUUUUAACACAAUCAAACCGGGAAAAUGAAAAGCUUUGUGUUUGCUCUCAACACUUAGCACACAUGAGCUUGAGCACUUCUUUUAAGUUUUAUAUACUAUUUUACUCUUGUUUCAUAAUUCAAUUGUUUUUUAAUUUCAUCAUAUUGUAAUGGGUUGUACCGGUUUAAGUGUUUUCAUUCAUUAAAUAAAUGUUGUCUUUGUGCAAGAGCUUUUAUUAUAAAAUAUA